AUGGACCUCUCCUCCCUCGAAGGCCCCCCGAUUCCAAUCACCCGCCUGAGCGAAUCCCCAUCACCACCCAUCUCGCCCUUCAACGAUGCCGACCUCGCAGCACAACACAUCCCACGCAUCCAACUGGACCUCAACCUUCCCGCCGACAUCACCUGGGAUUUCAACCCCGUCCCCACCCCCAACAAGCACGUCUACCAGCCCCUUCCAACCCAACAACAACAACAACAACAACAACAACAACAACAACAACAACAACAACAACCAACCCCCAGCUGGAGCGGCAUCGAAACCCUCUGGGAAACGACCUACUCGCGCCCCAGCAGCCGCAACACCCUCCACAACGACCACGACGACCUCUCCCACCGUCCACCCCAAAGGACGCUCUCCCCCUCCGGGGCAGGAUCCUCCUCGCGACCCAGCCACGGCCACAGCCGCAGCGAAAGCAGCGCCCACCAGCAACUCGUCUGGCUCGAAAGUGAAAGCAUCUGGGUUUUCGUGAACUCAGCCCCCGCAUCACCAGUAUCACGACCAUGCUGGGCCAGCCACCCCACGCUAGCUCACUCGCGCUCCAUGGAAAGCACCACCUCAUCCGCCUCCUCCUCCACCCCAGCCCACAUGAACGCCGUCGACCGCACGCCCAGACUGCGCGACAGCGCCGUGCUAGACAUGGCGGACAUGUCGCUCCCCGCGGCGAUGUUGCUACCGCCACCGCCUCCGCCGUACGAGCGACACAUCUACGAUCGCCCGCUCCCGCCGCUGCCGCACGAGGCGGGGGGAGCUGGUGGCGGCGGUGGGGUAGGACGCGAGGGGAGAAGGGGGUCGUCGAGAUGGGCUGCUGUGGCGAGGAGGAUUAAUGGGGUUGAUUGA